AUGUACAUGUGUUUGGCUGUCAUACCCGCUUUAUUGGCAACUUGUUAUUGCUUUGCGGGCUAUGAUCUCUUUAAAGGCUUCGACGUUAACGACGAGACUCCCAAUGCAACAACUCUUACCACGUCAAUUGCAGGAAAUCUGUCCACUAACACUGACCGUUCUUACAUUACAUCGAAUAACAUAACCAAGUUCAAAUGCCCAGAAGAGGAGGAACCAAUUAGUAUCGGACCCUAUGAAGUACCCACUCAGAGGGACCUGGUGUUAAUGACGAAGACCAUAAUGACAAAAUUGUUCAAUGCGUUUUAUCAGGAAGUACUUUUCUUGAUUAAAGACAUCAAGGAGGCAACCAAAGCAUCGACUUUCGUAGAAAAGAAAUGCCCAGAAAUAAAUAAGGCUGCCUACAGGCAAUGCGUAAAACGUGUGAGCAGACAAUCUGAGCUGACGGUGAAGAAUCUUAUCGCUGCGGUUGAGAAUCGGAAAAUAGAUGUUGCGGCUUUAACUGAGUUUCACAGGUCAUCACUCCGACACAUUCGCAACAAAGACAUCCGCAGUAGAACAAAGCUAACCGACAUAGCACAGAAGGACAAAAUAUGUAAUUUGACAUCUAUGAAAACGGAUCCAUUAGAACUUAUAAAAAUCUUGUCUCAAGAAAAUGCGUCCAUACAAUUUGCUCUACCAGGAUUUCUACGAUUACUCAAUUCUUGUUCGUCCUAUUGCUCGCAAUCAUAUUCAAAAGCACUCAUAGAAAAAAAGCCUGAUAUGAUUUCGGACUUAGAACUAGUUGUUAAACAUUUUUUAACCCACAAGAAUUAUUUAGUUACUAAUAAUCUAAAACAAACUAAGAAUUUG